AUGGCUUUUGGCUGCAACUCUUUCCAUGAAGACCCACUUCUGGCCAGACUUCUCCGGACAGUAGAUGGGUGUACCUGGGUCCCACUGGUUUCUGCCAGUUCUGAGCCGAUGGCACUGCUGGACAUCUUCCGAUUUCGAAGGAUUGGAGACGACGCAGGUUACGACCUGGAUUUGUUCUGCAUCCCCAAACAUUACGCGGAUGAUUUGGACAAAGUCUUCAUUCCUCACGGGCUCAUCAUGGACAGGUUGGUCCGACUUGCCGCCCCGGAAAUUAUGAAAGCCAUGGGGGGACACCACAUUGUGGCUCUCUGCGUCCUGAAAGGAGGCUACAAAUUUUUUGCCGAUUUGCUGGAUUAUAUUAAAGCCCUGAAUCGGAACAGCGACAAGUCCAUUCCGAUGACCGUGGACUUCAUCCGCCUGAAGAGCUACUGCAAUAAUCAGUCAACCGGGGAUAUCAAAGUAAUUGGCGGGGAUGACUUAUCAACCUUGACUGGGAAGAAUGUCUUGAUUGUAGAAGAUAUCAUCGACACUGGGAAGACCAUGCAGACUCUCCUGUCCUUGCUCCAGCAGUACAAUCCAAAGAUGGUCAAGAUUGACAGCCUGUUGGUGAAAAGGACACCCCGAAGCGUCGGAUACCGGCCUGAUUUUGUUGGUUUUGAAGUGCCGGACAAGUUUGUGGUUGGAUACGCUCUAGAUUAUAACGAAUACUUCAGAGAUUUGAAUCACAUCUGCGUGAUCAGCGAGACGGGGAAAGAGAAAUACAAGGCGUGACCCCGGCUGGUUUCACCCAACAGCAGCGAGACCGUGAAGCUGACCUCCAGCCCCUCCCCGCCUUUCGGUCCAAACACCAGCUUUGGAUUGUGGAGUGAUUCCCACUCUUUCUCUUUCUCUCUCUCUCUCUCCCCCCUUCCCUCAUCAUAAUUGCUUGCUAUAACUUAUUACAUAUACAGCAUGGGAAACUCAUCUUGUUCAUUUGCAUUUGGGAAGUCAAAAGGAAGUUUCCGCUUCCCCCUUUUUUUAAAAUUUGCACUAUGCAUCUCCUCCUCCUCCUCCUCCUCGCCCCUCCCUUCAGAAAAACAAAUCCCCCUCCCCCACUCUUUCUCUCCCACCCGCUCGCCCCUUUUAAAAAAAAAACCUCAUUGGUUCAUGAAAUAGUUAUAAGUACUGUAAAUGUAUAAGGCAUUUUAAGAUGGGAAAUCUAUAUUAGUAAUAUUUUUUAAAAAAACAAGUAAUUUAAGUUUUAUAUUGUAAUGAAAUGUAAUUGAGAUUUUUGGGGAAAGGGGGAGGGGGGAGUGAUAACCGGGUCGCUGCUCCAGGGGGGGUGGGUGGAGGGAAAGAGGCACACGGAGCACCUUUGGAUAGUUUUGGAAAGGAGCAUUGAUGCUCUUCUGCUCCGCUGCUGCUCGGAGUCGCUCUAGUUGCCCCUUGCAGAGUUAAAAGAAAAUAAGUCUAUUUGGGUCUGGGGUGGGGGUGGGGGAAUGCGACGCGACGACGUCAACAAAAGUUCAGGAUUUGAGGGCACCGUUGCCCGCUGGCGUCCUUUGGCGAAAGGCCGAUCAAAGGAAAAGCUGCUUCCACCCCAGCCGGCAACGCACAAGUUCCCCCACACAAGCUUGUGUCAUUCUCCCUCCAUCCUCUUUGAGUUGCGUUGCCUUUCGCAUCCCACCCCCCAUCGUCUUUGUAUUGCGUGUCAGUGG